AUGAGUUUGGAGCCGAGUGAGGCGACCAUAUAUUUUCAGUGGGAGUGGGAGGAAGAAAAGGGAUUUUUAUUUAGUUCGAGUUGGACGCCAUAUCACCGAAACGAAAAUCAGCAACUUGAAGAACAUUAUCAACAAUUUUUGGAUGAGAUUUAUGUUGGCCCAGUCGACCUUCAAAACGUUCCACAAAAGAAAAAGUUAGUCGUAGGCGACUACGAAAUCGAUUUUAAGAACUUAAAACAAAUUAAUAAAAUUACAACGUUCACACGAAACAUUCGAAGAGUUCGAAAAGAAGUCAUUUGGGGACCAGCAAGGUGGUGUUAUUCCGGAAAAAGGUGUACUAAAGAGUUCUCGGAUCUGCUCGAAACACUCUAUAAAGGGUUCCUCAACGGCGGAAAGGAAAUAGUCCAAGUCGAACUCGGAAAGAAUAAAAACUUAUAUGAAAUAGACUUCACGGCCUUUGUACAGAAAAACUUGACGACUCAGACGUAUAGGAAACUGUCGAGGAUCGACGAAAACAACGAACCAAUUGUCGAUAAGUAA